CGAGGCCGGGUUUCAGCGUUAGCGCGACGCAAUUACGCGAUUAACAAUGCAUCCAUUAAAUUUCUAUUAUCAGUUCGAACGGGAGACGUCGCGGGUCCCAUCGUUCGUCUGAUCCGUCGAGUGAUAAUUCCGUGGUAAUACGAGUAGGAAGGCGAGGAAGGUGGCGGCGAUGUCGGGCGCGAACGAGACGCUCGUCACGGUGUUGGAGCCCAGAAGUUACCUAUGCGCGAAUGACUAGGUUGGUUCCCUCAUGAGAAGACCGCGUCGACUGCGGCAGCAUCUUGUUUGGACGCCUCUUUAAAUCAAUUACGAGUUCCGCUCGGAACUUCGAGACAGACCGAAGUGGUUCCUCGGUGGGAAACACGUCAGCCGAUUUCCAGCCGGCCCUUCUCGGUUCCCCUCCAAUGGCGAAUCCGUCCAUCCUGUCUUCCGUGGAGUGCACCAACACCUCUGCCCAUUUCUUGGCCAGCUCCCUCUCGGUUGGGCUCCAAAUUGUCCGCUUGUUGCGAAUUGACUCGGCGAAUUUACGAUUCAGAUGACGUCUGCUGCCCGCGAUCUCUGGACCAGAUUCCGAAAUCCGUCCGCCGAACCGCUAACUGAGUCUAAGACGCGAGAGGAAUUAUUAAUCACUAGUUAUCCCACCUCGCCUGAAGAGUUAUCCUUCGCAUCCCGGAUUUUCGAACAUAUUGACGAGCGUUUAUAGAAUAUCAGUCUCACUUAACUAAAAAAACUAGUUUCCUAAGCCUGGACGAGAUUCCAGGAUAAACUAGAAAGUUGACAAUUCAUCGAAAACAGGAAAACGUGGGAUGAAUAAUUAAUUACCUUAUCGGUCGGUGACGGUUUCAGAGGUUAUGUCCACUGACCGUUCGAGUGAUGCGAGAUUCACUUUAAAUAGGCUCGAACGUCGAGUCGACUUUACUUUAAUUACUGAAUUAGUAUUCAUUCCAUAUCGUAUGUUCACUUACAUGGCUGUUAAUACUUCUUUUUAGGAUGAAAUAUAAACUUGAGCAUAUUUUAAAACCAUUUUAAAUCGUCCUUCGGCUUUGCCGCGUCAUGGUCGCCGGUUGGUGGUGCCAUCUGUGGGGAUAUUUCGAGACCCGUCUGCGUAGUAUGCACUGCGCAGCGAAGCGCCAAAUCGCGCCAAAUGGCGCGAGAAGUAACAGUUGCGAGGCAGCGACCGUUUCCCGUAUUUUUUCUGUUCUGUUAACCGUGACGUUUGUUUUCUUUAACCGUACUCCGUGUUUCUUGGAACUCCUUGCCGGGACCGCCGGUUACCGUGAGAAAAUGGAUAAUGUCGCCGCGUCGAAGGGAGUUUUCGCUCACAAAGGUAGUCGUAAGAUCGGAAGACAAAAGAAGCACGCGAUUCAAUAUGCAUUUUCUGAUGAACCUUGGUAUAUUGCGUAUAAACAGACAUGGUCACAUAUAAAUGAUGCUGUAGAGAGGAUUAAUUCUAACAUGUUCAAACAUAUAUUAUACGAUCUCAAGUCCUACGUUAAAGAUGCAGAUUAUCGCGCCGAAAUAUAUUCUUACGAUAUUCCUACUGCAAUAUUGUUAACAGGAGUAAAUUUACCUGACCAUAAAGUACUUUUCGAUAAAGUAUCUUCUGAACUUGAAACGAUAACACCAUACAUAGCAAGGGUUUGGUCAAGAGAUUCCGGCAAUGUUAAAAGCAUGACAGAAGAGGCGGUUUAUCAAUUAAUUAAUAGUCAUCGGGAGGACGAAGACACAAUGGUGCGAAAAAGUCAGUGCACGCUGCGUGCUUUAAGAGCAUGGCACGAAGAGCAAGACGAUCCGAAUGCUCCUUUAGUGAUCAUUAUUCCUGAUUUUGAGAGCUUUUCUGCAACCGUGUUGCGAGAUUUCAUCUUAGCCUUGAGUUCCUAUACCAAAAGUAUUAAAUUUGUAUUAAUCUUUGGCGUUGCCACGACAUUACACGCUGUUCAUAGAACUCUACCUUAUGACGUGACUUCCAAGUUAAGAGUACAGGUAUUUCACACCCAGACACAAAUGAAAAGCCUUUCGGAUGUGCUGGAAGGCACGGUACUCUCUUCGGCAACUCCAUUUAAGUUAACAGGACGAGCCUUUCAAUUACUCACGGAUAUAUUUUUAUUUUACGACUUUUCCGUCGACGGUUUCCUCCAAGGCUACAAGUUGUGCAUGAUGCAACACUUUUACGACAACAACGUCAACGCACUGUGCUGUAAAAGAAAGGACAUGAAAAAGAGGAUCGAUGCCCUUAACAAGGAAGAAUUAGAAGAAGUUAAGCGAUUACCGUCCAUAGAAAAGUAUAUGAAAAAUUCGAAGGACAAGAGCCUGAGUAACUCGAGCGACAAAGAAUUUAAGGAACAUCUUUACGCUUUGUUGGAUCAAUUUCAAGUUCACAUGAGCGAGUUUCUUACGACCCUGAAGAUUCUUCAUGGUCUGACUUCGACAUUGCCGAAUGCUCCGUUGGGUAAACAGCUCCGCGAGGUAUACGCCAAAGCGGUCAGUGGCAAUUUGACCGAGUCUCAGGAGUACAAGGAAUCUCUGCAGUUGUUGGGUUUUCUCUCGAAAGAGGAGAUGCUCUCGAAACUCGAUGAGGUUCUCGUUAUCGUGGAGAACUCCCAAGAGAAGUUCCCAUCGGAUCUUGCCUCAAAUUUGAAGAAGCACGUGGCCAUUGUACGCGAUGCGAGCUUGGAGAUCGCAGCGGACUCGAGCGAGACGGUCAGCGUCGAGCAGAAGCUGAGUCGUCUUCAGUUAAAAGAGAAGUUGCUGCGGAUGUCUCAGAGGCACUCGCGCUCGCCGUACAAGCAGGCGCAGAUGGACCUGAUCGAGUUCCUGGACACGCAGAUUUUUUCGAAACGCCUGAUGAAUCCCAACCAGAUGCCAGGACACGAGAUCUUCUGUUUCGGGGAUGGGAACACGGCGAAGCAUCACAUACGAGGUUCCUUACGUGCCGCGAUACACACGGCUCUAAACGAUCCCAGGAUGUACCUAGAGUGCAACUGCUGUAAAUUGGACAACGACGAGUCCAUCCUGACCAGCCUACCGGACCUCAGCAUAAUUUAUAAGCUGCAUUUGGAAUCGGGGAAGCUGAUCAAUAUGUACGACUGGCUGCAGGCCUUCCUGACCAUCGUGAAUCCUAACGAGGUCGUCGAGGAACAACGAGAGGUGGACCCGAAGAUGCAAGCCCGAUUCACCCGAGCUGUCGCCGAGCUGCAGUUCCUGGGAUUCAUCAAGUCGUCUCGGAAGAAGACGGACCACGUCAAGCGACUUACUUAAGAAGCCCCUUCCCGUUUUCUUAUACUUUUAUAAUAAACAAUCUAUUUUUACACGGGCUUCCUCUCCGUGUUAAACCGCGUCAACGCCACAGAUGCGCUAGAACGAAAAUACGAGCGUCGUUCGGCGGAUGUUUUUCUCCGGAGCUCCGUAAAUCGCUUUCUGCGAUUCAGUUACACACUCGCGAAGGAACGAAUGACCGGCGACAUCGGCGCUCUUUACAAUUUUAUAGAAAUACGUUCUCCCGGUUUACGCCGCCCCGUGGACGGGAGAUUACACGCGGAGGUCGCAGCAUCCCUCGGGUGUAUCUCGAGCUUCGUAAAUUGUACCUCGCGCUAUUCGGUUACGCUCUCCUUUUCGCCAUCUCUAAUUUCCUCUCCCUUUCUCCGGUACAUCCGGAGGAGGAGGAUUUAAGAGGGAAAGAGGAGCGGAAUCGCGGGCUUACGUGCUUCGAAAUAAACCCAGGGUCUCUCCAUUUCGAUGCGUGAUAUGGCCAUCGUUAUCGCCAUUGCGUUGGGCGCUUGCACCUGCUUAAUAAUCCCAUAAUCGGUGCGGUAGGAAUUCGUGUACCUCGCUCUAAGAAUCCCGAGUUCUACGUUCUCAUGAAACUAAAGUAUCCAUCGAAACGCGUCGAGGCGGUAAUUUUAUCAGCUCGGACUGGAAGCGAUUGGUAUCGCUUUCCAAUAUCGAGUCCCGACCUCUUCGGCUCCUAGGGCGCCGCCAUAUUGUCUUUACACCCACGAAUUCCGCCAGGGUUUACGUUCGUCUUCCUCGGGGAAACCUGUGCCCGUGCAAUUCGCAAAAGUGUUCCUGGGAUUCCGACGCGUUCGUCCAGGACGAGGGGGGGCCCUUCGGUAAUUGCAUUCGCCGGGAAAUUAUUUCUCGUUUCGCUGCAGAGUUGCCUUUCCUGUCUAUCUUGCUACCGAUCAUCCCGGGAAUUAUUUUAUCGAUUGAGGAGAACAUGCCAUGUAUUACGUUACACGCGUUAGAAAUAAUUGACACGUUAUCUGGACAAUUUGUAUGGGAAACCAUUUUAUAGACACCGUUCGUUAGUUCGGUAAAUGUUCCUACGCACUGAUAAACGGCAAACAAUAACGUUGCGUAACGAGUUCCCUUAUUUACGAUGCUGAAUCGCCAACUUUGUUCCUGUUUGUUAGGAGUUACUGGGCGAGCGUUUAAUAAAUAAUACACGUUACUCGCUAGGAUCGCGCUCAUUGAUCUAGACGCGGAAACGUAUUCAUCCGGCCCGUUAAUGAAUUCUGCGGAAAAACGGACGUUCGCAAAAAUUAACCGUCCGCUUGUCUGUCACGUUUACAGACAUCUCGGUGAUUGCUAUCCGGCCGGGAUUCUCGAAAAACUAAUUAAACGGCGGUAACGCGCACUGCAGGGGGAAUAAUCGAGCCACAAAGAGCCGACCAAUCGAUUAGCCGGAUGCAUUAAUCCUGAGUAAAAAUCCUCGUAAAAUUAAUUCCCGGCCAUAUUCCGGGAUUGAAUUUUUCAUCAUUUUCACCUCAAAUUGAUAAUAAUUGCGCGAUAAAAUCUAAGCUGCACUUUGAAUUAAAUGCGAUAUUAAUCUCACGGCGUAUCGCGAUGAGCAUGGCGCAACGUAGACCUGAAAAUGUUUCUGUUCUUUUUUUUUUUUAUAUAGAUAUAUAGAAUUUCUCAAGCCUUUGUAAAAUAGAUUUAAGAAAAUCACCGUCAUUGUCUUGCGUUUAGAAAAUUAUAGGAGUUGCGUCCUACUGUUAUUAAUUUAUUUUUAAUGGUUCAUUCGUGCGGUUGCAACCGCGCGAGUCGAUCGGUGAUUUUCGAAAGGAUUCGUUUAUUUUUAAUGGCUUAUUCGUUCGGCUCAACAAUCGGGGGGAAAGAAAAUUAGGUCCUUUCGAAAAUCACCGAUCGAUUCGCGCGUUGCAACCGCAGAUUGCUGGGCCAUCGGCGUCCCGGCGGGAUUUUCGAAAAGCAAAUUAAAGAGCGGCAACGGGUCGUAAUGCGCAAAGCAGCCGAGUCAUCGGAGCGCGAGGAGCGACGAGAGCUCGUUCAUUCGUUCGAUCGACGAGGACUCGUUAUUGCAACUGUUUAUCAAUUAACCCAGCCGACUGCAGCUCGGCUGCAAUUAUAAUUGGUAAUUGCCGUCCGGAUGCAUAUCCUGAAUUUCGGGGCCAGAUGCGGAACUCCGGGUGCUGGCGUUCCGCAAAUUGCGAGCAUUUUCAUCGACUGCGGGGAAAUCCGGCCGUACGCGGAAUUCUUUGUAAAAGCGGAAUCCGAACUCCCUCUAAUUUGCAUAGAGUCGGUUUCGCGACUUCGUCGCCCUCUUAGACGUGUCAAGAAAAUACGAAAACGAAAAUACCCCGAUUAAGUGUGUACAAUUGUUACCCUCUUGAACGAGGCGAGAAUGUGAUCGAAUGUUGAAUGUCGUUAUUCACGUCAAAGGGGCCGCAUUUUCUUCCCAAGGAAGAAAAUUACUUUUUCAUGGUCUAUUUGCGUGCGUCAAUCCAGCCAUAUCGCUGCUAUCAACGAUUCUAUCUAGAAGCGAACGGACCCGUGGAAUUCGUUCGGCCAAACGCAGGAAAGAUUCUACUUCGAUAAUACGACGAUCUCCCGAGAACGAUAGGAAGCAAGGCUGAUAGGAUAUAUUUCCCUUAGAAUUGUGCGAAACCGUGGAAAGUGAUAUCGAAUUGCGUAUGCGUAUUCCUACUGCAUCGAACUCAGAUUGCACACGGUGUACCUUGGUUAUCAGAAAAUGGAGUCCUUGUGAAAUCAAUUUGCAACACUUGCACUCGCCGUGCUAAGUGAACGUAUGAAUU